AUGGCCCAAGUUCGAAGUGCCAACCCUUUCGCUCUCCUCGGUGGUCAGUCAUCCGCUCCUCUGUGGCCCUUCUGUGCAGCAUUCGUCUGCGUUGCCAGAGAUCGGCCGCCCUUUCCCUUCCUCCGCUUCUCGAAAGUGGGUUCACGCGACCUCCUGGCUGGCGGUGCGGCCCCACCGACGGAGGUGUCGACCUCUCCAUACCAGCUCGCCCAACUCCCCAGCGACACAGACACUUAUCCACCACACUACGCCGUGAUUUUGAAGGAUCUGAGCUGACCUUGUCGUUGUAUCUGUUUUGUGUGUAUGCCUCUCGACAGACGACGGCGAGGAUUCCGCUCCCGUCGCCGCUCCCAAGGCCGCGCCCGCCGCUGCGCCCGCCGCUCAAAAGCCCAUCGUCGGUGCUCGCCAGCCGCAGAAGCAGCAAAAGAACCAAGCCGACAAGCGCGUCAUCAACCCCGAUGCCCCUGCCGCCCCUGGAGACUUGAAGGAGGAGCGUGGUGAGUCUCGCGUGACCGUAGCAGCUCUCCCACGGUUCUCCCAUCAGCGGGCCCCUCCCCCCUUUCCUUUGCGUGCUUCGGCUCGUCAGCCGCGCCUGGGCCUUGCGACGACCUUCUCGAACGGGUGAUGCACCGCGCCGAAACCGUCACCUCUGCAAUCCUUCCGCCCUAGUUGCAACAUCCCAGAAUUCUUUUUCAAAGCUUGUGUCACUGACUAGGACUCUUUCUUUGUCACCCUUGAUCUCUCGUUUCGCGCAUUCCGCCUUUUUUUCCCUCCUGGAACUUCUCGACGCUAAUCUCGCCCAAACGAUACAUACGACCUACUCGACGUACCGUUCUGUCUUCUGAUCGGCCCUCGUCGACGCUUUGGACUACACAGCGGCCUCGUUCGGUGCCCGCGGACGUGGUGGUCGCGGAGGGCGAGGACGUGGUGCUGGCAACCCCCGAUCCAACGCCGGUACCUACCUCGGAGGUGACCGCCCUCGUCGUGAGAACGGCGGUGGACGCGUCUUCGACAGACAGUCUCAGACCGGUCACAAGUCAGUUCAACCCCGCAUGUUUGCUGUCAAGGCGCCGGUCCCAGAUGCAGCCCCAGCAGCAUCACAAUGAGCUGAGGUGUAACAGGUCGCUGAUGGGAGAAUCAACAACGUCAUUCUACUUUGCUUUUGUACAGGGACUCUGACAAGGCCGAGGCCCAGGGAUGGGGUGCCGAGGAGGGCCAGCAAGAGCUCGAGGCCGAGAAGCUCGGCGAGGCCGAUGCUCAAGCCGAUGGCGCUGCCACGCCCGCCGCCGCUGACGGUGCUUCGACCCCGGUCGUCUCUGCCGCCCCCGUCGAGGAGGAGGACAACUCGCAGACCUACGAGGAGUACCUCGCCGCCCAGGCCGAGCGCAAGCUCAACAUCGCGCUCCCUGAGGCUCGCAAGAUCGAGGACGCCGAUGAGAUCAAGGGUGUGAAGGCCGUCAAAAAGGGCGAGCAAGAGGAGGAGUUCCUCGCCCAACAGAAGGUGCGUUCUUUUGGGGCUUGACGGGAGGGAUGGAUGAAGUCGAUGAAGGCUGGGAACUGUUACUUACAAUGGCGAUGCCUUGGGAAUCGAGUAGAAGGAGGCCAAAUCCCCUAAGGAGAAGAAGACCAAGACUUUCCUCGAGGUCGAGUUCCGUCACCAGCCGCCGCGUCGCGAUGGCGAGGACGGUGCCCGUGGUGCCCGUGGUGGCCGAGGACGCGGUGAAGGCCGUGGACGCGGUCGUGGUGAGGGUCGCGGUGGAGGACGUGGUCGUGGUGGCCGAGGCGGCAACGCCAACGGUGCUGCCCAAAACGGCUCGAGUAACGCUGGCGUCAACCUUGACGACAACACCGCCUUCCCUAACCUGUAA